CUUUCCGGGACCGUUGGUGACAUCAGAGAGAAAGAUGAGAACCCACCACGCCCUCGCCUUCCUCCUGCUCUUCGUAAUUGCCUCUGGGGCCUCUGAAAACGCCAGCACGUCCCGGGGCUGCGGCCUGGACCUCCUCCCUCAGUACGUGUCCUUGUGCGACCUGGACACCAUCUGGGGCAUCGUGGUGGAGGCGGUGGCCGGGGCAGGUGCCCUGAUCACACUGCUGCUGAUGCUUAUCCUCCUGGUGCGGCUGCCAUUCAUCAAGGACAAGGAGAAGAGGGACCCCGUAGGCCUCCACUUCCUCUUCCUCCUGGGGACCCUGGGCCUCUUUGGGCUGACAUUCGCCUUCAUCAUCCGGGAGGACGAGACCAUCUGCUCGGUGCGCCGCUUCCUGUGGGGCGUCCUCUUUGCACUCUGCUUCUCCUGCCUCCUCAGCCAGGCAUGGCGCGUGCGGAAACUGGUGCGCCAUGGUAAGAGCCCGUCGGGCUGGCAGCUGGUAGGCGUGGCACUGUGCCUCAUGCUGGUGCAGGUCAUCAUCGCCAUCGAGUGGCUCGUGCUGACCGUGCUGCGGGACGCGAAGCCGGCCUGCGCCUAUGAGCCCAUGGACUUCGUGAUGGCCCUCAUCUACGACAUGGUGCUGCUCGUGGCCACCCUGGGGCUGGCCCUCUGCACACUGUGUGGCAAGUUCAAGAAGUGGAAGCAGAAUGGGGCCUGCAUCCUGGUCACAGCCUUCCUCUCUGUGCUUAUCUGGGUGGCCUGGAUGACCAUGUACCUGUUUGGCAAUGCUGAGCUGCGGCAAGGAGAGACCUGGGGGGACCCGACCUUGGCCAUCACCCUGGUGGCCAGCGGCUGGGUCUUUGUCAUCUUCCAUGCUAUCCCUGAGAUCCACUGCGCCAUCCUCCCAGCCCCACAGGAGAACACUCCCAACUACUUCGACACAUCACAGCCAAGGAUGCGGGAGACGGCCUUCGAAGAGGACAUGCAGCUGCCGCGGACCUACAUGGAGAACAAGGCCUUCUCGAUGGAUGAGCACAAUGCAGCUCUCCGAACAGCAGGAUUUCGCAACGGCAGCUUGGGAAGCAGACCCAGCGCUCCGUUCAGAAGCAAUGUUUAUCAGCCAACUGAGAUGGCCGUUGUGCUCAAUGGUGGGACUAUCCCAACUGCUCCGCCAAGUUACACUGGAAGACACCUCUGGUGAAAGACUUUUAAGUUCCAGAGAAUAAGAAUCCCUCUUACUGAUUUUAUUCCCUGGUCGUGUCUUUCUUGAGGGAGAGAUCAGUAACAGUAGC